UGCAGAAUCUGACUGGAUGUGAUUGGAGGACUAUGUGCACUAUGCAUAUAGAUGCUGUAAUUGUGCUGAUCUAUAUCUGUUUAAUGGGUGCUGCUGGGAAGUCAGUCCACCAGAAGGGUUAUAAACCCGAGGCUUACAAGCAAAGCAGAUCCCAGAGAGAACUAGAGUUGAUAGAGGGAGGAACUCACAAAUCUGGCAGUCCAAUCUUCAGAAGAAGUCCUGAUCAAACAAAAUCUCCUGUGACAAAAUCAGAACAAUUAUUAAGGAUAGAGGACCAUGACUUUACAAUGAGGCCAGCAUUUGGAGGACCUCCUAUACCAGUAGGAGUAGAUGUUCAGGUUGAGAGCCUUGACACUAUCUCUGAGGUUGAUAUGGACUUCACUAUGACACUGUAUCUGAGACAUUAUUGGAAGGAUGAGCGUCUGGCCUUUCCAAGCACCAACAAUCAGAGCAUGACCUUCGACAGCAGACUGGUGAAGAAGAUUUGGGUGCCUGACAUGUUCUUUGUUCACUCCAAAAGAUCUUUCAUCCAUGACACUACUACGGACAACGUGAUGUUGCGGGUUUAUCCUGAUGGAAAUGUUCUUUACAGUUUACGAGUAACAGUCACUGCCAUGUGCAAUAUGGACCUCAGUCGUUUUCCUCUGGACACACAGACCUGCUCACUUGAGAUAGAGAGCUAUGCAUACACUGACGAUGACCUCAUGUUGUAUUGGAAGAAAGGGAAUGAGUCUUUAAACACAGAUGACAGGAUCUCACUGUCCCAGUUUCUCAUCCAAAAGUUUCACACGACCACAAAGCUGGCUUUCUAUAGCAGCACAGGUUGGUACAAUAGGUUGUACAUCCACUUCACUCUCCGUCGCCACAUCUUCUUCUUUCUGCUACAGACAUAUUUCCCUGCCACACUUAUGGUCAUGUUGUCCUGGGUGUCAUUCUGGAUCGAUCGAAGGGCCGUACCUGCAAGAGUACCUUUAGGUAUUACUACGGUUCUUACAAUGUCCACCAUCAUCACUGGCGUCAACGCCUCUAUGCCACGUGUGUCCUACAUCAAAGCAGUGGACAUCUACCUGUGGGUCAGCUUUGUGUUCGUGUUCCUCUCUGUUAUCGAGUAUGCAGCUGUCAAUUACCUGACCACCGUGCAGGAGCGCACAGAGAGGAAGCUCAGAGAGCAAUUACCCUGCACAUGUGGUAUAGCACGCCCAGUUGAGGACAUGAUAGUGGCUACUGCCUAUAGUGAUGUGGACCAAAGCACAACAGGGAACUAUGGGAUGCCAGAGAAUGAAGUGAGACAGGAGAGGAUCUUUGCUCAGUUCACAUUAGCAGACAAUCAGACCACCAGUCAGGUAAGGAGCUUAAGAAGCUACGUCAACAUCUGGAUAGACACUCACGCCAUAGACAAGUAUUCAAGGGUGAUCUUUCCCGGAGCAUACACCCUCUUCAACAUCAUCUACUGGUCCAUCUACUCCUAACACACCACCGACUGGUGUGGUCUGAACUAUUAAAGGCUGGGGUAGACUUUGUUGAGGUGCAAUGAAUAUUCACAAGAAGAAAAGAAGCUAACAACAUGGAUUAAUUUAUUUGCACUUUUUUUCAAAAUGCAAUUUAAUUAUUGGAAAUUUCUUUAAACAAUCAUUUCUUCUUCUAAUAAUAAUAUAAUUAUUUCUGCUACUUCUUUCAUUCAUUUGGCUUCUGGUGUAUGAUAAUACAAAAUAAUAAAAUAAUAAUAAAAAAAUGUUGAAAACACAAAAAUCUUUAAACAUAGUAGGAUUUCAGCUCAUGUAGUUCAGGGCUUAUUAAAUGUUUGGUAGACGGCAACUUCUGUAACUAUAAAAUGAACUCCACAGAUUCAUCAGUACUUGUUAAAUAUAUAUUUUUUAAUAAAGAUUAAUAAAUAGACAAAAUAUUAACGGACUGCACUCCAUACACAGGGAAGUGAAUUUGUUUUUAUUUUAUUGAAUUUUUUUUAGCAAACCAUCCUCUAAAUGAUUGCUGCUUCUUUGUAAAAGUUGUCUCUACUGACUUGGCAGCUUUGUUGUGUUUGAUAAGGAUUACCUGUUAAAGUCCAGCUCAAUCUUCUGACAGCUUCCUGUUCCAGCCAUGAGAAUUUUUUGCAUUUAACCCAUUCAAUUAUAGUUAUCAGUCAAACAGGCUAAUAACUAUAAUAACAUAAUAAUUAAUGUUGUAACUAAAAUAACAAAAAACAAAAAAGGGGUUAGGGUUAUGGCUUCUCUUGGGAGUCUAUGGACCUCUGCUGUAGAUUACAGAACAUCUCUACUCAACCGACCGGGUUUCAAAAAUAAUACACUCAUGUAGACAUCAUGUUCAUUGUACUUAAUUCUAUAUUUCUUUUAAUAUUCUUCUGAAUGCUUUAGAUUCUUAAUCUACUGCAUCUUAGAUUUCAAACACUAUCAACACCAGGUUCCACAAAGUUUAAGGCUUUAUUAUGGUUUAUUUUGUGUUCAGAAACAGAAAGAAACCUGUGAUACCAGAAUUAAGGCCAUUGGGUUGUUAAUAAUAAUAAUAAUAAUAAUAAUAAUAAUAAUAAUAAUA